GUCCAUGGCGGGGCUGGGAUGGCGCGGCUGGGGGAGCACUGGAGGGGCCAAGGAGCAAAGCCGAAGCACGGAGCACUGAUUGCAAAGCACAGAGGUAACCCUGCAGCCCUGGGGGUGGAUUUGUUGGCUGUGUGCAGUUCUUUAAUCCAAGUUUAACCCACUCAGCAGUUGCAAAUCUCUGCCCAGCCGCAUCUCCUUGAGCGCAAGGCUGCGUGUGCGGCACGGGAGCGAACCUCGCGUUCCUGGUUGACGUGGCAAAAGGAUUUGGGAAUUGGGGCUGUGGUGGUAGCGGCUGCGUUUUGAAAUGUGGUCACCUGGAAAUGGUGGAGAGAAGUGGUGUCAGUGAGCUUCAGUGCUUUCAGUCAGGUCGUGCCUUCUCUGUGAGCACUGGGCAGGUUGAAUGCCCGGCACUGCAGCGCAUGCCGCACAAAUAGUGCAUGGGAGCAGCACAGGGACUCCUGCAUGGUGGGGCUGUCUGACUGCAAAUGGUGACAGUGCUGAUAGUUCCACCCCAGGUGUUUGGGAUGUGGCUGCCCGUGUGCCCCCGGUCCCUCUCUGUGGGGCAGGAGCCCACCUGGGAGCACAGUGGUUGCUGUGCUGAGCUGUGACCCCAAGGAGGGGUUGGUUUGGGUCACCCCGCGAGCACAGCUCUCCUGUGACUCCUUCCUUCCCCACUCUGUCCUUCUCCAAAGGAGGUUUCUCGAGUCCUGCCCGCACUGUGCUGUAGGUUCUCCCUUUUGCCUGAGCGGUACUAAUUUAAAAAUUGGAUUGUUUGGGUUUUCAUGGCCUCACCAAGAAGGAAAAACAACUUCCUUGUGCUUGCCGGGUCUUUAGGAUCUAAUGACCACAACUAUUCGAAGCAUGCGGGAUUUGGACUGAAGGGAACGGCAGGCACAGAGGAAAAUGUUGUGUCGUGCUGCUGUGAAAGAUGCCAUUCAUAUCAAUUCCGACUGCUGAACUUUGGUCGGGUUCCUUCACCCUGGCUGCAGUGCUUUGGGGACAGGAGGAGGAAGUUGGCACGCACACAGGGACGGGGCUUUGCUCUGCGAUGUUCAGAGCAGGCUUCCUUGCCAGGAGCUGAGCUGGUAGGUGCCGGUCUGUUGGUGGGGCCGGUGCUGUGCUGUCAUUAGCCUAACCAUCACCCUGAUCCAUCAUCCUGGUGCCCUGUGAGCCCGGUGCUCCCGGUUCAGGCAUUGGGUGAUCGCAUGGGAAAUGGUGACGUGCUGCAGGAGGGGAGCCAGGGGGAGGAUUCCCCCACUGCCUCGGGGUGAAGGAGCAGACGGGGCGGUGGAGGGAAUAGGGUUGGGACAGAGACUGCUGGAUCCCUGCAGCGCUGCCCUGUGCCGGUGCGGUGCCGGCGUCCGAGCGCUCCUCCUCGAGGGCUUACACUGCUCAGCUGUAAUCGCCUGCAGAAAUAAUCAGAUAACACAAGGUCAUUCCAUCAGCGGGGAAUUACCUCACUGCAGGAACCUCCUGGUGCGGUUUCUGGGGCAGAACUGGGGCUGAGGGUCACACGGAGGCAGCAAGCAGUUCAUUGAACAGCUGCACCAAAGGCCGUCGUUCGUCCCGCCGCGCUGAAUGCGGAAAGCAGGAGGGAAUCCUCAGUCUGCUCGCAGUGCUCCGUGCUGGGGGGAGGCACCGGGCCCUCCUGCAGGCUGUGAGCUGCGGGGUGUCACUGCGGUGUUAGCAGGCUGCUGCUCUUGGCAGUGCCAUCAUUCUGGCUGGCUGGCUGCAGGGAUGCCCCGCUGCUCUUCUUAUUGGGAUGGGAAAGCAGGAAGUGCGCUCAGUCCCUCGUUUAUCUCGCUUUUAAACCAUCCUUAAGCGCUAAUCAUUGGCGAGGAUGUGUCAUCCAGGCUUUAGUGCCUGGACUUUGAGAGCAGGGACCUUGCAGCAGUAAAACCCUUCAUUGCUGCUCCGGCAGUGCAGGUUGGGGAACUCGGGAGCUUUUCCGGGUGGUGCUGAUCCUGCUGGAAGCUGAAGGGCAGCAGUGGAGCGGGAUGAGCGGGGCGGCCUCCAGCACUGCAGGGUUCCUUCACUGCCUGUCGAGCACCCCGGCUCUUCCUUUCCCCCUCUCUUUCUCUUUUUGGCUUGCUCGGGUUUCUUUAUUGUCAUGGUAACAGAGAUUUGGUGUCGUGGCUCAGAGAUGCUCACAGCUCUCUCCAGCCUGGGCGGGCGCCUGGAAGACCUUCAGAGCCCCACUGACUGCCUCCAUGGGCACGUCCUGCCCUGGCAGAGGCGCUCUGAGCGGUGCAGGCCCACCACUGCUAUGGGAGACUCCAUCGCAGACCCAGCGCGGGGGAGCGGCGCGGAGCCCGGCUGUGUGCCGCAGGGCAACGGGUCGGCCCUCAGCGUCAUCACCGAGGGCGUCGGGGAGCUGGCAGUCAUCGACCCCGAGGUGGCCAAGAAGGCCUGCGAGGAGGUCCUGGAGAAGGUCAAGCUGAUGCACGGCGUCUCCUCAGACAGCUCGACUAGCACGGGCGAUGGCGGCGAGGCGGAGCGCGGCCUGCGGGCUGCCGGGGAUUUGGCCAACGGGGAGCUGGUGGAGGGCUGUGAGAUCCGCUGCCUGGACGACCUGCCCGGCACGGCCUGCAGGAUCCAGGAGGAGGAGGACGAGACUGCGGCCAACACGGUGAAAACGGCCCGGAAGCGGCAGAAGAACAACUCGGCGAAGCAGUCCUGGCUCCUCCGGCUCUUUGAAUCCAAACUCUUUGAUAUCUCCAUGGCCAUUUCAUACCUGUACAAUUCAAAGGAACCCGGCGUGCAGGCUUACAUCGGGAAUAGGUUGUUCUGCUUUAGGAACGAGGACGUGGACUUCUACCUGCCGCAGCUGCUCAAUAUGUACAUUCACAUGGACGAGGACGUGGGGGACGCCAUCAAGCCCUACAUCGUGCACCGCUGCCGGCAGAGCAUCAACUUCUCCCUGCAGUGCGCGCUGCUGCUGGGCGCCUACUCGUCCGACAUGCACAUCUCCACUCAGCGGCACUCCCGCGGGACCAAGCUGCGGAAGCUCAUCCUCUCGGACGAGCUGAAGCCCGCUCACAAGAAGAGGGAGCUGCCUUCGCUGAGCCCGGCGCCCGACAUGGGGCUGUCCCCUUCCAAAAGGACUCACCAGAGGUCCAAGUCGGACGCCACGGUGACCAUCAGCCUGAGCAGCAAUCUGAAGCGCACAGCCAGCAAUCCCAAAGUGGAGAGCGAGGAGGAGGAGCUCUCCUCGAGUACGGAAAGCCUUGAUAACUCAUUCUGUUCCCCCGUCAGGCUCGCUCCCGAGCGGGAGUUCAUCAAAUCCCUGAUGGCCAUCGGGAAGCGCCUGGCCACGCUGCCCACCAAAGAGCAGAAGACGCAGCGGCUCAUCUCGGAGCUGUCGCUGCUCAACCACAAACUGCCCGCACGCGCCUGGCUGCCCACGGCCGGCUUCGACCACCACGUGGUGAGGGUCCCCCACACGCAGGCGGUGGUGCUGAACUCCAAGGACAAGGCUCCCUACCUAAUCUACGUGGAAGUUCUUGAAUGUGACAAUUUCGACACAGCGAAUGUCCCCGCGAGGAUCCCCGAGAACCGCAUCCGCAGCACGCGGUCGGCCGAGAACCUCCCCGAGUGUGGGAUCACAGCCGAGCAGAGGACCGGCAGCUUCACCACCGUCCCCAACUACGACAACGACGACGAGGCGUGGUCUGUGGACGACAUCGUGGAGCUGCAGGUGGAGCUGCCAGAGAUCCACACCAACAGCUGCGACAACAUCUCCCAGUUCUCUGUGGACAGCAUCACCAGCCAGGAGAGUCGCGAGCCGGUGUUCAUCGCUGCUGGGGACAUCAGGCGGCGGCUCUCGGAGCAGCUGGCUCACACCCCCACGUCCUUCAAGAGGGACCCCGAGGACCCAUCCGCUGUCGCCCUCAAGGAGCCAUGGCAGGAGAAAGUCAGGCGGAUCAGGGAAGGGUCCCCAUACGGACACCUCCCCUCCUGGCGCCUCCUCUCCGUCAUCGUGAAGUGUGGGGACGACCUGCGGCAGGAGCUGCUCGCCUUCCAGGUCCUCAAGCAGCUGCAGUCCAUCUGGGAACAGGAGCGCGUCCCGCUCUGGAUCAAGCCAUACAAAAUCCUCGUCAUCUCCGCCGACAGCGGCAUGAUUGAGCCGGUGGUGAAUGCCGUUUCCAUCCACCAGAUCAAGAAGCAAUCCCUGCUGUCGCUGCUGGAUUACUUCCUGCAGGAGCACGGCAGUUACAACACUGAGUCCUUCCUGACGGCACAGAGGAACUUCGUGCAGAGCUGCGCCGGGUACUGCCUGGUGUGCUACCUGCUGCAGGUCAAGGACAGGCACAACGGGAACAUCCUGCUGGACGCAGACGGACACAUCAUCCACAUCGACUUCGGGUUCAUCCUUUCCAGCUCCCCCAGGAACCUCGGCUUCGAGACGUCCGCCUUCAAACUCACCACGGAGUUCGUGGAUGUGAUGGGGGGCCCGGAUGGGGACAUGUUCAACUACUACAAGAUGCUGAUGCUGCAGGGGCUGAUCGCUGCGCGGAAGCACAUGGAUAAAGUGGUGCAGAUUGUGGAGAUCAUGCAGCAAGGCUCGCAGCUCCCCUGCUUCCACGGCUCCAGCACCAUCCGCAACCUGAAGGAGCGCUUCCACAUGAACAUGACGGAGGAGCAGCUGCAGCUGCUGGUGGAGCAGAUGGUGGACGGCAGCAUGCGCUCCAUCACCACCAAACUGUACGACGGCUUCCAGUACCUCACCAACGGCAUCAUGUGAGCGCGGCCCCCACUGCGGGGGUGUGGGACCCCUUCCUGGGGACGGCCCUUCUGCUUUGGGUGUCUUUUUCUUUUGUGUUGAGGGACUCCUAAAAAUGAGAACACAAAACGGAGCGGGAAAAUCCCUCCUCGUGCGAAUGGGAGCGAAAAGGGGCACGUGGGGUACGUGGGCUGCGCUGUCCCUGGGGGGCCGGGGGGCUGCAGAGGGCUGUGGGGCGGUGGGGAGCGCUCCCCAGAAACGCUGAUGGGGUCGGGGG